AUGGAUGAUACCAACUUCAGAAUCAGUGGUGACACAGCCAACAAGAAGCGCCUCUCCGUUCGCCCCAAGGCACGCUUAGACUGGCAUUACGAUAUCCGCGCUCUCAAGGGCAUCAUCCGCAAAGUCAUCGGGAUGAAAGUGGACGAAAGGGUAACCUUCAAUGUUUAUGGAUCUAACCUUAAUCAAGGCCAUGUAUACCAAGAUCUUAGACUUUAUUGUUCCCGUUUCUGGAACUUCCCUUGGAAAAGGAAUCGAGUCGAGAAGCAGGUCGAUACCACUAUCAUCAGAGACAUGGCACUAGAUGCUGUCCAUCUUCAGGAAUCCAAGGAGACUGCUGCUUUUUUCCUUGUUUCUGGGGACAACGACAUGUUACCAGCGGUGAUAUAUGCUGUGCAGUGCGGCUAUACCGUGCAUGUCUGGGCUUGGGAAGAUUCCGUGUCUGUCGCUCUCACAAUGGCGAACUGCAGUAUUCCUGUGGGGAAACUUCUUUUUCCUCCCAAUGGUGUUGUACUUUUCAACCCGUGGCAUGAAUUGCCUGAGGUUCUUAGUCAAUUCGGGGACAAGCUCGGUUCAUCUAACAUGACUUUCAUGCAGAGUUCGGAUCAUGGAGGCUGCCCCGAUAUUGAUAUUGUGGUUGUGCCUGAGAAAAGAGUUCGGAAUCAAGAUGCCCGACUUCGUUCUAUGCUGGAGGAUUUCGAAAAGAACGGGGUGUUGUUCAUGGGUCAUUUGGCGAGUUGA